GGGCAGAGCUCCCUGCUCCCCCAGUUGAAUUAGCAAGGGUGAUAAGCCGAUCAGAUUAAGCAAGAGGAAGUGGGCUGGCUGAGCUGGGCCAGGACUGAGCUCCCUGGGCUGGGGCAGUGCAGAGGCCCUGCAGGCACCCAGAGCAAGUGACCAGAGCCCAGGCCUCUGCAGAGCAGCCUCCCGCCGCCAGUGCUCUCACCCAGGCUCUGGGCACAGGGCAGAGGAGGGGGCCUGGCAGGAGGGCCUCGUGAAGUCUGGUGGCCAAGGGUGGCUCCACUGGCUGUGUGUGAGGGUGGCUGGUCGGCAGGGCGUCCAGGUGUCAGCCAGGCCUAGACAUCCAAGAGGGGAGAGUCACAUGUGGGGGGGUGAGGUGUGUGAUUGCCUCACUUGCACCUCAUUUUCAUGGGGAGGAAGCGUUGAGAAAGAGGAGCUGGAUAUUCAACAAACUUUGCUUAUUCAAAAAUGCUCAGUCCCAGCUGGGCCCUGCCCCUCCCUCAACUCCCACUUGCAGGGUGGUCCCAGCUCCUCAGGCUCUGCGAGAAACCCUUGUGCUUUGGACCCCACCUCUGUGGAAGUCCCUUCCCUGGUCACCUCCUUGCUUCCUCCCCUCAGUCCUUGCCUGCGCAACAGUAUCCCCAGCUGGCCCCACAUUAUUCCUUCUCUAGCCCCCGGCCGCAUCUAGGGGAGUAGGAACUGCUUCUGGGACCGGGAGGCCCCAGCUCCAAGCGGACCAGACCUCCUGACUGCACCCUGAACAGCAGCGAGAAGGAAGCCCUGAGCAGGAAGUGCUGAGGCACAGGGUGAGGGCGGGGGCUUUGAGGAGGGGAGCCGGCCUCCCAGGGCAGGAGCAGUAACCACAGCCCCCCACUGCAGGCAGGCAGGAGGAGGCUGAUUUAAAAGGCAGCGGGGCCUCUGUCCGAAGCACUCAGCUCUGCACCCAGCCACGGCCACCGUGGGCUGUAGGAGCACCCAGACUUCCGGACCAGCUCCGGGCGGGUGCCAUGUGAGCCCAGCUUGGCUCUCCUCCUGCCCGCCCUCCUGCUGCCGGCCUCUGCCGUGUCCAGCUUCUCCAAAGAGGAACACUUGGCACCAUGUCUCUGCUCAACCCUGUCCUGCUGCCCCCGCAAGUGAAGGCCUAUCUGAGCCACGGGGAGCGCUUCAUCAAAUGGGACGACGAAACAACAUUAGCCUCCCCGGUCAUCCUCCGUGUGGACCCCAAGGGCUACUACUUAUACUGGACAUAUCAGAGUAAGGAGAUGGAGUUUCUGGAUAUCACCAGCAUCCGGGACACCCGCUUUGGGAAGUUUGCCAAGAUUCCCAAGAGCCAGAAGCUCCGGGAGGUCUUCAACCUGGACUUUCCUGACAACAACUUCCUGCUGAAGACACUCACUGUGGUGUCUGGCCCGGACAUGGUGGACCUCACCUUCCACAACUUCGUCUCCUACAAGGAGAAUGUGGGCAAGGACUGGGCUGAGGAUAUACUGGCGCUGGUGAAGCACCCGCUGACAGCCAACGCCCCCCGCACCACCUUCCUGGACAAGAUCCUGGUGAAGCUCAAGAUGCAGCUCAACCCUGAAGGAAAGAUUCCUGUGAAGAAUUUUUUCCAGAUGUUUCCUGCUGACCGAAAGCGGGUAGAAGCUGCCCUCAGUGCCUGCCACCUCCCCAAAGGCAAAAAUGACGCCAUCAAUCCUGAGGACUUCCCACAAUCUGUCUAUAAGAGUUUCCUCAUGAACCUCUGCCCUCGGCCGGAAAUAGACGAGAUCUUCACUUCCCACCAUGCCAAGGCCAAACCCUACAUGACCAAGGAGCACUUGACCAAAUUCAUCAACCAGAAACAGAGGGACCCUCGCCUCAACACAUUACUGUUCCCGCCAGCGCGGCCUGACCAGGUGCAGGGCCUCAUCGACAAGUAUGAGCCCAGUGGCAUCAACGUGCAGAGGGGCCAGCUGUCACCCCAGGGCAUGGUGUGGUUUCUCUGUGGGCCGGAGAACAGCGUGCUGGUCCAGGACAAGCUGCUGGUUCACCAGGACAUGACCCAGCCACUCAAUCAUUACUUUAUCAACUCCUCCCACAACACCUACCUGACAGCCGGCCAGUUCUCGGGCCUCUCCUCUGCGGAGAUGUACCGCCAGGUCCUGCUGGCAGGCUGCCGCUGUGUGGAGCUGGACUGCUGGAAGGGGAAGCUCCCCGAUGAGGAGCCCAUUAUCACCCAUGGCUUCACCAUGACCACAGACAUCUACUUCAAGGAAGCAAUUGAAGCGAUUGCAGAAAGUGCCUUUAAGACCUCCCCCUAUCCUGUUAUACUGUCAUUUGAAAACCACGUGGACUCGCCCCGCCAACAGGCCAAGAUGGCUGAGUACUGCCGGGCGAUGUUUGGUGACAUGCUGCUCACCGAGCCCCUGGAAAAGUUUCCGCUGAAACCAGGCAGCCCCCUGCCCAGCCCUGAGGAUCUCCGUGGCAAGAUCCUCAUUAAGAACAAGAAGAACCAGUUUUCAGUCCCAGCAUCCCCCAGUGGGGAGGCUGAGGGCAGCUGCCCACCCAGUGCCCCUGUGGGUGGGGACACAGUGUUGGCUGGUGAGGAAAGGGCUGAGCUGGCGGAGGAGGAGGAGGAGGAGGAGGUGGGAGAAGAAGAGGAGGAGGAGUCGGGAAACCUGGAUGAAGAAGAGAUGAAGAAGAUGCAGUCGGAUGAGGGCACAGCGGGCCUGGAGGCGACAGCUUACGAGGAGAUGUCCAGCCUAGUCAACUACAUCCAGCCCACCAAGUUCACCUCCUUUGAGUUCUCUGCCCAGAAGAACCGAAGUUAUGUCAUCUCCUCCUUCACGGAGCUCAAGGCUUAUGACUUGCUCUCCAAGGCCGCAGUGCAGUUUGUGGACUACAACAAGCGCCAGAUGAGCCGCAUUUACCCCAAGGGCACCCGCAUGGACUCCUCCAAUUACAUGCCCCAGAUGUUCUGGAAUGCUGGCUGCCAGAUGGUUGCCCUCAACUUCCAGACAAUGGAUCUGCCCAUGCAGCAGAACAUGGCGCUAUUUGAGUUCAAUGGGCAGAGCGGCUACCUCCUCAAGCAUGAGUUCAUGCGUCGGCCAGACAAGCAGUUCAACCCAUUCUCGGUGGAUGGCAUCGACGUGGUGGUAGCCACCACCCUUUCCAUUAAGGUAAUCUCGGGGCAGUUCCUGUCAGAACGCAGUGUGCGCACCUAUGUGGAAGUGGAGCUGUUUGGCCUUCCUGGGGACCCCAAGAGGCGCUAUCGCACCAAGCUGUCCCCCACUGCCAACUCCAUCAAUCCCGUCUGGAAUGAGGAGCCCUUUGUGUUUGAGAAGAUCUUGAUGCCUGAGCUGGCCUCCCUCAGGGUGGCUGUGAUGGAGGAAGGCAGCAAGUUUCUCGGACACCGCAUCAUCCCCAUCAAUGCCCUGAGCUCUGGAUACCACCACCUGUGCCUGCGCAGUGAGAGCAACAUGCCCCUCACCAUGCCUGCGCUCUUCGUCCUCCUGGAGAUGAAAGACUAUGUACCUGACACCUGGGCAGAUCUCACUGUGGCCCUCGCCAAUCCCAUCAAGUUCUUCAAUGCCCAUGAUAAGAAGUCUCUGAAGCUCAAGGAAGCCAUGGGAGGUCUGCCUGAGAAGCCCUUCUCUCCCGGGAGCCCACUUGCCAGCCAGGUGAACGGGGCACCUGCCUCGACCAGCAGUGGGUCAGCAGGCGGGGGCUCCCGGGCGGCGGGACGCCUCACCCGGCUCCCCGCAGAGCCGCGCACCGCCAGUCUGGAGGAGCUGCGGGAACUGAAGGGCGUCGCGAAGCUGCAGCGGCGGCACGAGAAGGAGCUGCGGGAGCUGGAGCGGCGCGGCGCGCGGCGCUGGGAGGAGGCGCUGACGCGGGGCGCGGCGCAGCUGGCCGAGCUGGGGCCGCCAGGCGCGGGGGGCGGCAGCGGCGGCCGCAGGCUGGGCCCGGGCAAGGGCUCCCGCAAGAAAAGGACCCAGCCCGGGGAGGAGCCGGCCGGGGCCGUGCCGGGCGAGGGCCCCGAGGGCGCGGACCCGCGCGUGCGGGAGCUGAGGGACCGGCUGGAGCUGGAGCUGCGGCAGCAGCGCGAGGAGCAGUGCGAGUGCGUCCUGAAGCGCAAGGAGCAGCACUUGGCCGAGCAAAUCGCCAAGAUGAUGGAGCUGGCCAGAGAGAAACAGGCCGCAGAGCUUAAGACCCUCAAGGAGACCUCAGAGAGCGACACCAAAGAGAUGAAGAAGAAGCUGGAGGCCAAGAGGCUGGAGCGGAUCCAGGCCAUGGUGAAGGUCACCGCUGACAAGAUGGCCCAGGAGCGGUUGAAGAAAGAGAUUAACAACUCCCACAUCCAGGAGGUGGUACAGGCCAUCAACCAGAUGACAGAGAGCCUGGAGAGGCACCAGGAGAAGCUGGAGGAGAAGCAGGCGGCCUGCCUGGAGCAGAUCCGGGAGCUGGAAAAGCAGUUGCAACAGGAGAUGCUGGCAGAGUACGAGGCCAGGAUGAAGGGCCUGGAGACUGAGGUGAAGGAGUCGGUGAGGACCUGCCUCAGGGCCUACUUCCCUGCUGAGGCUGAGGACAAGCCCGAGAGGUCCUGUGAGGCAUCCCGGGAGCUGUGUGAACAGGACUCACUUACAGUCAAUGCAGACACCCAGGAGAGCUGCCUCUGAUACCCCCAUCCAGCUGGGACAUUCUGCAAGGACAUUCCCUCUUCUGUUGGGCGGGGCUCCAUCCCCCCAGGAAGAAAGACCCCAGCAGCCCCAGUGCUCGGAGGCUGUGGGAAGCUGGGGUUCCCCUGGACUCUGGAGCCGUCUCCUCAACAGCCAGGCUAGAGGAGGAGGCAGGGAUGCCAUCAGGGCAGGGGCUUGUCUGAGGCCCAGAGGUCCUCUCUAAGCUGCCUUCCUGCUCCUGCUCCUCCUUGAAUUAGUGUCAUCCAUUUGUUGAGGGCAAAAGAAUAUGGACUGAGAGGCAGGGAAUGGGGUCCUGGCCUCACCCUGCGUUUCCUAGGGUGCAGCUAGUGGCACCCACUCUGGAGUCAGUUUCCUCACCUGGAAGGUUAGGCCUGGCCUCCUGGAACCUCCACUCAGCACCUGUAAUUCAAGCAGGACCUGUUCUGCCGUAAGGCUGGCAGCUCACCCAGGCUUCUCGGCCCCAUCACAGGCGGGCCUGCCCUGAAUUGGCCUCAUUGUCUGCUCCCUGAUUCAGAGCCUGGCACUACCUCCAAGCUCCCUGGGGCCUGCUACCCCUAGGAUUCCAGGCUGAGGUCCCUUCCCUGGCUUCCUGCCUGAGGGGUGGGGUGGGGGGAGGCUGACAUGAAAACGCUGCCUCAGCUGUCUGGCUCUCCGCCCCAGAGGCAACUGGGGCUGUGGCUGGUGGUGAGAGGAAAAGGAUGGCCUUUUGAGCACGUUCCCAUCCAGAGCCCGGCUCACCCCUUUUCCUAGGCUUGGCGGGUGUAUUUCCUAACAUGUACUCCAACCCAGGCUUCCUGACAAGGUCACAUUUUUUUUCUCUUCUAACUUUAUGAGGUUUAUUUAUUUUUCUCAUUUUUUUAUUCCUACAAAAGAACUCUGUCCCAAUA